AUGAGGAACUACUUGAUCCAAGGCUACGCAGAAGUGGUUUCCGGAGACGAGUGUACUUCGGCAGAACACGUUUACUACAUGCCUCACCAAGCAGUAUUCCGGGAAGAUUCGGCAACGACGAAGCUUAGGGUGGUCUUCGACGCGUCUUCUCACGCACCAGAUACCGCAUCGUUAAACGAGUGUUUGGAGAAAUGCCCGAAGCUUAACGCCGAAUUACUGCCACUACUCUUACAAUUUCGCACGGAACGGAUUGCUAUUGCUCCUGACAUUGCGAAAGCGUUCCUACAGGUCUUGGUGAGAGAGGAAGAUAGGGAUGCGCUGCGCUUCCUCUGGUUCCAGGAAACGCCACCAGUGGAUGGCCCUUUGCCCGAAAUCCAAAUCUGGAGAAUGACUCGUGUACCCUUCGGUACGACUUCAAGUCCGUUUCUUUUAUCGGCAACGAUCCAACAUCAUCUGAAGAAAGUCGAGGGACCCCUUAAAGAAACGGCAGAGAAGCUUAGAGUGUCCUACGUAGACGACUUGCUAACAGGUGCUUCUACCGAAGCAGAGGCCGAACGACAGCAGCUGGCUGGGAUGGAUUUAAGAAAGUGGGCGUCAAGUUCAGCAGUUCUCAGCCAACGUUUCCAAGAGCACGACGACAGGUGUCCUGGAGGGAAUUACGCAGCAACGACAGAACUCGGCCUGCUAGGAUUGCUGUGGGACCGAGAAACGGAUCAACUGAAGCUCUCUCGCAACAGCUUGAGCCUGUCUUCAAGAGGGAACACGAAACGUGCGGUACUGAAGGUCUCCGCCACUGUCUUUGACCCGCUCGGCUUCGUCGCACCAUUCACUAUACGAGCGAAAAUGCUGUUUCAACGAAUUUGGCAGCUUGGGCUCGACUGGGACGAAGACGAAUGGGCGUGGUGGAGUGGUGAGCUCCCACAGAUAAAAAGCAUGGCAAUACCACGCUACCUUUGCCAAGGCAUCGGAUGCUCGUCCAGUCGGGUCCAGGUGCAUGUGCUCACGGAUGCAAGCUCGGCUGCGUACGGCGCGGUAGCAUACAUGCGGACACAGGAGGACUGCGAGGAAAUUGCGGUAGUCUUUCUUAUGACGAAGGCACGAGUGUCACCUCUGAAAACGUUGACGCUGCCGCGUCUGGAACUGAUGGGAGCUUUAAUCGGAUGCAGACUUGCAAAGACCAUUCGUGCAUCUCUCACGCAUCACAUCAUCAAGUUCUACUUCUGGACAGAUUCAAGCAUCGUACUAUGCUGGGUUAAAGGACCAGCACUGCGGUGGAAACAGUUCGUCAAAAACAGAGUCACCGAAAUACAGGCGGAGACGUAUCCAGCAGCAUGGAGCCAUUGCCCGGGGCAGCAAAAUCCAGCGGAUCUUCUAACCAGGGGAAAGACGAUGAAGAAGUUGCUAGACGACCACAGAUCGUGGUGGGGCGGCUUCUGGGAACGCCUGGUCAGUAGCGUGAAGACAGCCUUAAGGAAGACCCUCGGGAAAAACAGGCUCACCUUCGAGGAGCUGACGACCGUGCUGCACGGUGUCGAGGCGGUCAUUAACUCUCGACCCCUUACUUUUGUAAACGACAGCCCUGCUGACGAAGGACCGCUUACCCCGGCCCACUUCUUGGUGGGAAAAAGGACAACUUCGCUUCCACCACUGGACUUCGUACCUCCGAGGCCAUCCAACGACACACGUAACCGGUGGUUGCUUCACCAGCAGAUGAUUGACAGCUUCUGGUGGCGGUGGAGGAACGAAUACCUCCUUCAACUGAGGUCUGCGCGGCAGGUCCCAGCGGUUCACGGACGUAACUUGCUGCAAGUGGACGACUUGGUCAUCGUCCACAGUGAGCGGCUGCCACGACACAUGUGGAAGACUGGACGAAUAGUUGGACUAUUCUUCGGUAGAGACAAUCAUGUCCGCGCCUGUCCAGUGAGAAUGGGUGAUGGAACAGUACUACGAAGACCGGUCCAGUUGCAAUCUGCUAGAGCUUCCGGGCCAGAUGCAAAUUUCGACGCUAUUACAUCGAUCUGGGUGCUGGAGGAAAAGGUACUGCGGCAGCAAGGGGUGAUGAAGAAUCGCUACGACAACACAAGGGCCGUGCGUGAAAGAGGGAGGUAUCACCGCUUCGAACCCGUUAGGCGCACUGAAAUCACCGUGAAGGCAACACCCAUUUCCAACAGCAUCGGGUAUUCCGGGUGUUCAAAGAACAUGCCGGAAACGCGGAUCCGCCAACUACUGCAUCAAGUACUGUACAUAAUCUUGAGCUCCUUCACCGUGGUAGUGUACUGA